GCCAUUACCAUCCCAGCACCCUACCAAUCACCAUGGCGUCUCCAGUACCCUCAAUGAGCGCAUUGCGUGCGCUACGGCAAUCAAUUCAGCCUCAAAUACAACAGAAAAAUCAAGUGCGACACGCGACACUGCUCCGCCGACCGAAGCGACCUUAUACCUUCACCCAACUCAUAACCCUCUCCGACGGAAGCGCCUUCACUGUGCGAACAACGAACCCCCAACCCGUCUACAAGAGCGCAAAAGACAUUCGCAAUUCGCCGCUAUGGAAUCCCAGUUCGCAGAAGUUAUUAAAUGUGGAAGAGGAUGAGGCUGGAAAAUUGGCUGCUUUCCGAGCCAAAUUUGGGCGAGGAUGGGAUGCCGAGACCGAUGCCGACAAGGGCAAGCAGACGGAAGAUCAUCUUUUGGAUCUCAUCAGCCGCCAGGGCAAGAAGACAGCAGCGCCACCGACAGAUGCUACCAAGGCCCCGCCUGCGAAAGCGCCGGCGUCAGCCCCAGCAAAGCCAGCGGGAAAGAAGUGAGGGAGUGGUGUGUGUGUGAGAUGAAUUGGCAUUAUGUAUACGCCAAGGCACUUUUGUACAGUAAGCCACCAUGAGAUGGUGAAUUCUAUGCAGAAGCUCAACGACAGUGCAUUCCCCUGUAUCCCAACCAAACACAAAAAACAGAUUAUUGACAAAACUCACGGAUUUGCCAACUUUCACUUUUCCAAGUUGCAUUACCAUAACAAAAGAAUCUUAUCACAACCAAAUGAUCCCAAGCCUUGGAAUUCUCUUGAGCAAACCUAAACUACGACUGCCAACACAGAACCGCCCUAAACCAAACUAGACACCGCGUAUAUUGAAAAAAAAGGGACUACAAAAACAAAGACGAUGAACCCGCCGCUUCCCUUGCGCCCCAACCGAC